AUGUCUGCAGCACGCUUCGCUCCUCUUCUGAGAUCCCGGGUGGCAACACGAACUGCUCCUGGCUUCCAGGCAAUUCGUUCUAUCUCGGUCACCGCUCCAUACUACAAGGGACCUAUUGACAUAACCAAAGAGACCUUGAAGAAAGCUGAUCGGACUGUCUCCGAUGUAGCAGUGAAGGGGAUUAAUACGGGUGAAAAGGUUGCCCACAAGAUCAAGGAGGUCGUUGAUACCGGAGCCCAGGAGGCAAAGGAGAAGGGAGAGGAGGUGAAGGACGAAGCGGCCGAGUAUGCCGACAAGGGCAAGGGCAAGGCAGAGGAAGCGCUAGGCCAAGCUAAGGGAAAGGCAAAGGAGGCGAUUGGCGAUGUUGAAGGGAAGGCCAAGGAAGUCAAGGACCGCAUGUGA